AUGCAAGUGUUCCGUCGUCACGGCUCCAUCAUCCACGUCAACGUUCGCGUUGCCUUCCUAAACGUCUUUUUGCUCUACGCCUUCUGUAAGUUUCGCCCCUAGCUUCUGGUCGCACUUCUGACGAAUUCAGUCUUCAUCACCGAUGAAGUUAUCAAAAUGCUCGGAACCACGCAGCGCGGCCUCUUCUGUGUAGAUCCAUCCAUCCACUACCCGAGAAAAGAAAGUACUGUGAAGAGCCAUGAGCACCGAAUAUACAAUAUCACUCUCACCGUUCUGGCCGUCUUCCUCGUCGAGGCGUUCCGUCAGUUCUCCCGGAUUCCGCGAUCGACACUCGUCUACCGAGCUGGGAAAAGAGAAAUACCUCGAUACUUAGUCACCGUCCUCACUUUUGUCGGUAAGAACAUGGCAUUCCGAGACUACGUGCGGGAAUGCGAAACUUUUCAGGUUACUGCCAGGUCGGGUACAUCAUGAACGAAUUGCUCGUCAAGUUCGUGAAAGGUUUUAUUGGUCGACUCCGCCCAAACUUCUACGAAACCUGCAAUCCCCUUCCGAUCAAGGAUGCGAGAACCUCGAUCCGAAUAGAUACGUCGAGGAAUUUACAUGCGCGGGGAACCCGGAAGACGUGGCCGAGUCUCGGAAGAGCUUCUACAGUGGACACUCGACAGUCACCAUGUACUGUGCCUUCUGGACCAUUCUCUAUCUUCAAGCUCGACUCAAACCAGCUCUCCGCAACAAUGUAGUUGUCGCCUUCCUGCAACUCCUCAUCAUGACGGGCGGUUUGUUCAUCUGCUGCUCCAGAAUCUCGGAUAACAAGCAUCACUGGAGUGAUGUGAUCACGGGAAUAAUUGUCGGAAUGAGUCUUGCUUCUAUUGCGGUGAGAGAAGUGAACAAUUGCCUAAAAUUUUGAUAUCUUCAGGCUGUUUGGUGGGGAAAACUAUUCAAGAGUGAGGAGAUUGGAGAAGAUCUGCAGGAUGACAAGUCUGCUGAAGCCAAUGAGAAGGAAACGGUCUGA